GAGGGACAGAACAAACAUGUAAAGUCUGGUAAAUGUUGUAGGGCGAGUCGAGAACACCUUAAACCAAGACUUCCACGAACUGGGUUUAAGCAACAUAAGAACAGCAAGAUGCGUGCACCCAGCUUCCAGACUACCCGUCUCCUGGUGGUCUACCUGUCACUCGUGGCCCUGGGAGUCCUGCUGGAGAUUGAGCUGUCCCAGGACCCACCCGACGCCCUCAGCUCUCGACCACCAGUGGUGGAGGAUCCAGGACCUCUUCGUGCCCUCAGGGAAGAUGCUCGCUUGGCGGGAGGUGCUGAGGACGCCAGCAAGACGACUGUCAGAUCCAUACCAAAGAGCGUCAGUGACUCUGACUUAUCGCAGAAUAUAUUGACCUUUGAACUACCCUCUGGUGAUCCUGUUAACUUGUACCGUGAUGUGGAUGGUGACGAUCGUUCAGCUAAUCCGUAUGGUGUUGCUUACGGCAGUCAGGUUGUUAGUGACGGGAGUGUGCUCACUGGGAACGACGCCUCACACGUAUCUCGCUAUAAACCUCGCACUGAUGCUGUUAGACGUAAGAUUAGAGUCUCUGCUGAGCUUAACGCCUUCGAUGAGUUAGUCAAUCUCCUUACGCCUUCCCCGGCUCAUUGUCUGGCGGUGGACACCCUCACCCGGCCCAGACCGCCGUCCCAGGGCUCCAGGUACCGCUGUUACCUUCACAGCUUAAACCAGUGUGAGAACGUCGUCAGAGGCAAAAGGAAGAGAAAGAGAAAGCGAUGCCCAGGCACCGCGCGCCUGGGGUACGCAGUCAACCCCGCCAGUGUUGAUCUCAGCGAAGUUCUCCCCAGCGAAGACAAAACCACCCAGACAGUGGUAAAAAAUCUUACCAAGACACAGCUUAGUAAUUCAGAUCUUAUCAAGAAGUCACUAGACAGAAGAUGGCAGGAGGGAGCGGCCACUGGCGGCGGAGAUACACUACACAAAACCAUCACUGUCAACGCUCGCUGCGCCUUCUUGGAAGACCUUAAGACUCUGAGGCUUCACCAACAACUCCUGCUGGACAUUACAUUUGAUCUGGCAGGGCUCAAUUCUCUUCACAAGUACGAGAUCAUAAGGAAACUAGUGCAGGAGCUGCGUUGGGUCCUGGCGCGCGGGGGCUACCUGUUGAUACGCUCAUCAGCUGACGGUGGCGACCUGCAGCACUACCUCCAACAGGAAGGUCUUCAGCGUCCCCUGCACGUCCUGACGCUCCUCCGGCGGUAGCUUCAAGCCCCGGGAGGACCAUAGAGGCUGAGGGAGGCGGGCCCGCAGGAACACACACAGAGCCAAAGCUCAACCCCCGCAAGCACAACUAGGUGAGUACACACACACA